CUAAUAAAUUUCCUUAAUUGUCGGUAUUUGUAACGGACUAUGUUCUUUUGAGCUCUUGACAUACCGCGUUUACCGGCCAAUCGUCUCUUACUCUAGAGGCCUAACUCGACGAAGGCGAGAUCUACAGUUUUGACAACGCCACGGUGACGAAGAUAAAGCUUCUGCUAUUUGGGAAGCUAAAGGAGGAGUUUUUUUUCUCUUUCCAUUGUCGAGGGAGGGAGCUGUAAUCAGCUCUUCUUCAUCUCCAGAUCUCGAAUCGGUUGGUGCUUAAGCUAGAAGGAUCAGUUUUUUAUUGAAGCGAUGGUUGUUGAUGGGAUUGUGUCAUCACCACUACGUAGGCCACACGUGCUAAAGAAGCAAUGGGAGGACUUGGGUAGCUUCUCUACUGUUUUCCGGAGGCAUCGCUUCCUUUUAACCGCUAUGAUCCUUUUGGCCUUCCUCUGCACCAUCUACAUCUACUUUGCCGUCACUUUAGGCGCUAGGCACUUGUCGUGUUCGGAUAUGACCGGGAAAGAGAAGGCAAUCUGUCAAAUGGGACACGUCCAUGCCAGUUUCUCUAAAGGGAGGAAACUGAAAUUCUUUUGAAGAGUGUCAGCCAAAGCUGAUACGCAUUAUUAUAAUGCAAAUGUGUCUGUAACAACAAUAGCCUAAAGAAAUGGCUUGUGUGUUGAUCAUAAAUGUAAACUUUUUGUAUUGUAUUAUUUGAUUGUGUCGGAAGAUGAUUCCACAAAAACAUUGUAUAAAUGAAUCUUUGUAAUGGAAUGUAAUGCUGAAAAGAUUAUCACACAAUUAAAACAACAUUUUGGUA